AUGGCAGACCAGAAAGAGCCACAGACGUCUCUGUCCGCUUCCUCCUCCUCCUCCUCCUCCUCCUCAUCCACACUCUCCCUCUCCUCUGCCCCCUCAUCCCCCACGCCGUCGUCGUCGUCCGACUUGGCCCUGUACCCGUACCAAGAGACCGCCGACGCACAAACACUCGUCGACAUCCUGACCGCCACCGCCCAUGCCCACCCGCAAGCGCUGGCCCUCGACAACGGCUCGUCCCGCCUGACGUACGCCGAGCUGACCGCGGCCGUCGCCGCGCUCGUCGCCCGUCUGCGCGCCGCCGGCCUCGGCCCCGGCGACCGCGUCGGCAUCCGCGUCACCUCGGGCACCAUGGAGCUGUACAUUGGCAUCCUCGCCAUCCUGCACGCCGGCGCCGCCUACGUCCCCGUCGACGUCGACGACCCCGACGAGCGCGCCGCCCUCGUCUUCUCCGAAGCCGCCGUCUGCGCCGUCCUCACCGACCGCGCCACCAUCACCCUCCACGACACCACCAAGCCCCUCAGCCGCCCAACCGCGGCCCUGCUCCCGUCCCCCGACGAUGACGCCUGGAUAAUCUUCACCUCGGGCUCGACCGGCAAGCCCAAGGGCGUCGCCGUCACGCACCGCAGCGCCGCCGCGUUCGUCGACGCCGAGUCCCGCCUCUUUCUGCCCCCGCCCGCCACCCCCCUCGCCCCGGGCGACCGCGUGCUCGCCGGCCUCUCCGUCGCCUUUGACGCCUCCUGCGAGGAGAUGUGGCUGGCGUGGCGCCACGGCGCGUGUCUCGUGCCCGCCGCGCGCGCCCUCGUCAAGGCCGGCGCCGAGCUCGGCGGCUUCCUCACCGAGCAGCAUAUCUCCGUCGUGUCCACGGUGCCGACGCUCGCCGCGCUGUGGCCGACCGAGGCGCUGCGUGGCCUGCGGCUGCUGAUUCUCGGCGGCGAGGCGUGCCCCCCCGAGCUAGCGGACCGGCUUGCCGGCGCCGUCGACGGCGUGGUGUGGAACACGUACGGCCCCACCGAAGCCACCGUGGUGUCGUGCGGCGCCCCACUUACCGCCGGCGCCCCCAUUGUGCGCAUCGGCCUGCCGCUCGCCGGGUGGCGCCUCGCCGUUGUCGGCGCCGACGGACUCCCGGUGCGCUGGGGCCAGGACGGCGAGCUCGUCAUUGGAGGCGUCGGCAUGGCCCGGUACCUGGACGCGGACAAGGACCGGGCCAAGUUUGCGCCGUCGCCGGCGCUGGGCGGGGAGCGCGCGUACCGCAGCGGCGACCUCGUGCGUGCGGAAAAAGAGGGCCUUGUGUUCCUUGGCCGCAACGACGAGCAGAUGAAGCUUGGCGGCCGCCGCAUCGAGCUCGGCGAGAUUGACGCCGCCAUGAUGACGCUGCCGGGCGUGCAGGGCGCCGCCAGCGCCAUCCGCCGCACCGACACGGGCAACCAGGUCCUCGUCGGCUACGUGGUGCGCCGGGACGGCAGCGGCGCCGCCUCGACGGCCGAGGACCGCAGUUUUCUCAAGCGCGUCCUGCCUCCGACGCUGAUCCCCAUGCUCGUCACGGUGGACCGCAUCCCGGUGCGCACCUCUGGCAAGGUCGACCGCAACGCGCUCCCGUGGCCACCCCCCGCGUCCGCCGCCGGCCCCGAAGAGAGCAGCAGCGGCACCAUGGGGUGGGUGUCGACACAGUGGCGUGCCGUGCUCGGCGCGUCCGGUACUUCGGCCGAGUCCAACUUUUUCGAGCUCGGCGGCACGAGCCUGGCGGCGGCACAGCUCGUGUCGCAGCUGCGGCGGCGGUGCCCGACGCUCUCCGUCGCCGACGUGUACGAGCACCCGACGCUCGGGGCGAUGGCGGGUCGAGUCGAGUCGCUCCUCCUGGGGACGUCGAUUGUCGAGCGCGACGUGGCGCUGAGCCCGCGGUGGGUGGUGCUGGUGCAGGGCGUGGUGCUGGCGGCGCUGUUCGUGCUCGAGGGCGUGCGGCUGGCGGUGCCGCUCUUCACGUCGCAGCGCAUCUUCCAGGCCAUGUUCGCGGGCGACUUUUGGGCGACGCGGCACAACCUGUCGUGGCCCGUGGUGGGCGUGCUGUGGGCGGUGCUAAUGACGAUGCCGGGGCGGCUGCUGACGACGGCCGCGCUGGUGCGCGCGCUGACGGCGGGCGUGCGGCCCGGCACGUACCGCCGGGCCGGGCUCACGCACCUGCGGCUGUGGGCGGCAGACCGCGUCGUCGGGUUGGCGCGGCUCGGCGCCGUGCCCGGCACGAACUGGGCGCGGUACUACGCCCGGCUGGUGGGCUGCCGCGUCGGGCGCGACGUGCAGCUGCACGCGCUGGCGCCGGUGACGGGGCUCGCGAGCUUUGGCGACGGCGCCGCGGUCGAGCCCGAGGUAGACUGCGCCGGGUACUGGAUCGACGGGGACGUGGUGCGCGUGGGCAGCGUGACGGUCGGCGAGGGCGCACGGGUCGGCGCGCGCGCGAUGCUCAUGCCCGAUGCCGUUGUCGAGGCGUACGCGACGGUCAAGCCGGGGCUCUCCGUCCAGGGCGUCGUCAAGUCGCCGCUGCCGCCAUCGGCCACCUCGUCCGACCAGGGCUCCAGCCAUGACGGUUCGUUCCGGCCGGCAAAGGGGAGCUUCGGCAUCGGCGUCUGCUACACGGUUGCGCUGCUGCUGCUCGACUUUCUGCCCAUCUUGAUGUUUGUGCCCAUCUGGCUUCUGAUGCCCGCCAUUGUCAACGACUACACCAACUUCAGAGAUCUCAGCAUGGGUAUCAUCAUCAUGACGGUGCCGGGCACCGUCAUAGGCCUCCUCUUCUACGGUCUCGCGAUUGUCGUCCUCGUGCGGCUGGCCAACCUCGCCAUCCGGCCUGGCUCGCACUCGUGGAACAGCACCGCUGCCUUUUGCGCCUGGCUCAUCCACUACCUCAUGAUUGACAUUCGCAUGAUUGUGUUCCCCAUCUUUGCCAGCCUGUUCACGCCCGUGUGGCUGCGUCUUCUUGGUGCCAAGGUUGGCCGCAACGUCGAGUCGUCCACGGUCGUUCCCAUGCCGUCCCUCCUGACCGUCCACGACAAUGCCUUCCUGGCCGACGACGUUCUCAUUGCGCCCUUUGAGCUCAGCGGCGGGCGUAUGCAUCUGGGCCCUGUCACCGUGGGCAACAAGUCGUUCCUGGGCAACUCGGCCAUUGUCGACCCAAACAUCAACGUCCCUGACAACUCGCUCAUUGGCGUACUUGGCUCUGCACCCGGCAGUCUGGGCGAGAAGCAGAUGCAUGCCGGAUCGUCCUGGCUGGGCCGGCCACCUAUUUCGCUUCCCCGCAAGGUGGACGCCAACAUUGACAAUGCCCUUACCUUUGCUCCGCCAAAGAAGCUCGUCCUCGCACGUGCUCUAAUCGAGCUGUGCCGCGCCAUUCCUCUGAUUCUCAAUGGCUUCAUCCCCUCCAUGGCGAGUCUCGGCACUCUCUGGAUCCUGUAUCGCUUUGGAAUUGCUGCCGGCAUCCUCGCCGCCGGUGGCCUCCUCGUCGCCAGUGCCUUUGUCGCCGCCAUCAUCACAAUUGGCGCCAAGUGGCUCGUGACGCCCAACGUCAAGGCCGGCAGCACGCAUCCGCUCUGGAGCUCCUUUGUAUGGCGCAACGAGCUGGCUGAUUCCUUCUUGCAGGCCAUGGCCGUACCCCUCAUGGUACGCUAUUUCUACGGCACGCCCGUGCUGGCCCUCUUCUUCCGCGCUCUCGGGGCCAAGAUUGGCCACGGCACCUGGAUCGAGAGCCACCUGCUGCCCGAGGCGGAUCUCUGCAUCGUCGGCGACGGCGCCACGAUCAACAGGGGCAGCCUGCUGCAGACGCACCUGUUCCACGACCGGCUGAUGCGCCUGGAUGAGGUCCAGCUCGGCAACGGCGCCACGCUGGGUCCCCUCUCCGCGUCGCUCCCUGGUACCGUCAUCGGGCCGGGUACGACCGUGUACCCCCUUUCGCUGGUGAUGCGAGGAGAGCAUCUUCCGGGAAGCACCAGAUGGCGCGGCAAUCCUGUCCGGCCGUGGAGCGAGGCGAGUGAUGAGAAGAUGCUAGGCAAGAGUUCACGAAGCUCGAGCUGGGACUCGCCUUCGCCCGUAUAG